CUCAAAUCUCUCUCCUCCUAUUUCAUUUCAAAUCUCUGAGCCUCUCAUCUUCAUUUUCUCUCUCCUCUUCACUUCUGCAACAAAUACCCAUUUCCUCUCUUCCCCUUUUUUUUCCCUACAAUUCUAGAAGACGGGUAAAAAGGUCAAUUUUUUUUGUAGCAGAGAUAGGUUGGAGGUUUUCCAGGUAGAGGAGGAGGGGGUUUGAGAAGUAUAUGAGAAAGCUUGAGUUCUUGCAAAAAGACUCUUCUACCCUUCUUAUUCGCCGCCGUUGUAGCUGGGGUAAAUGCGGCUGAUUCUUCCCUCUUCUUGGAAUUAAAACGGAGAGAGAACUAAAAAACACAUAAAAAAUAAAAAAAAAUAAAAAAAUAGCAUCAUUUUCGUCCAUAUAUUUUGUGGGGUUUACUGGAAAAUAAUUGAAAUUAAGGGUUCUUGGAUUUGAUUGAUUAUUAAGAAGAAGAUGCAGCAAGAUCAGAGGAAGAAGGGUCCAACAAAAGAUGUAGAAUUCUUCACUGACUAUGGUGAAGCAAACAGAUACAAAAUUCUUGAAGUUAUAGGAAAAGGAAGCUAUGGAGUUGUUUGUGCUGCAAUUGAUACACAUACAGGGGAAAAAGUGGCCAUUAAAAAAAUAAAUGAUAUUUAUGAGCAUAUCUCUGAUGCUAUCCGAAUCCUGCGAGAAGUAAAGUUGUUGAGGCUUUUGCGGCAUCCUGAUAUUGUUGAGAUAAAACGUAUUAUGUUGCCACCAUCUAAGAGAGAUUUCAGAGAUAUUUACGUUGUCUUUGAGCUUAUGGAGUCUGAUCUUCAUCAAGUCAUCAAAGCUAAUGAUGACUUGACCCGUGAGCACCACCAGUUUUUCCUCUACCAAAUGUUGCGCGCUCUAAAAUACAUGCAUACAGCUAAUGUGUACCACCGAGAUCUUAAGCCCAAAAACAUAUUGGCCAAUGCAAAUUGCAAACUCAAAAUUUGCGACUUUGGUCUGGCUAGAGUAGCGUUUAAUGAUACUCCUACUACAAUAUUUUGGACGGAUUACGUUGCUACAAGAUGGUAUAGGGCACCAGAACUUUGUGGAUCAUUUUUCUCUAAGUAUACACCUGCUAUCGAUAUAUGGAGCAUUGGUUGCAUAUUUGCUGAGGUGCUGACUGGAAAACCGUUGUUUCCGGGGAAAAGCGUGGUUCAUCAGUUAGACAUAAUCACAGAUCUUCUGGGUACACCAUUGCAUGAUGUUAUAUCUGGGGUCCGCAAUGAUAAGGCUCGCAAGUACUUGACCGAUAUGCGAAAAAAGCAGCCUGUUCCUUUCUCUCAGAAGUUUCCAAAUGCAGAUCCUUUAGCGCUGCGUUUGCUAAAAAGAUUGUUAUCUUUUGAUCCGAAGGACAGACCAACUGCUGAAGAGGCUCUAGCUGAUCCGUACUUUAAAGGCUUAUCUAGAGUGGAAAGAGAGCCUGCGUGCCAGCCGAUCUCAAAAUUAGAGUUUGAGUUUGAGAGACGGAGGGUGACUAAGGACGAUGUUAGGGAUUUGAUUUACCGGGAGAUCCUUGAAUACCAUCCUCAGUUGCUCAAAGACUACAUGAAUGGAAAUGAAGGGAGUAAUUAUAUAUAUCCUAGUGCUAUAGGUCAGUUUAAAAAGCAGUUUGCACAUCUUGAAGAAAAUAGUGGUCGAAGUGGACCAGUCAUCCCGUUAGAGCGAAAACAUAUUUCCCUUCCAAGGUCCACGGUACACUCUAGUACUGUACCUCCCAAGCCACUGCCUCUGGCGUCUUCAUACAGGGACCAUCAAGUUAAAGAGGAGAUGAGAACAUCUGAAAGUUAUGGAAACUUAUCUAACACUACAAGACAGCCACCAAGAGUUCCACCAGCAGCAAGACCAGGAAGAGUUGUAGGACCUGUUGUUUCAUAUGAGGCUGGGAAAAGCGUGAAAGAUGGGUAUGAUGCUAUGCAAAAUGCAGUGUUACCAGCACAGACUGCCUCGCCACAAUACUACUUGAGGCCACACAUCAGGUCAACUCAAGCCAAGCCUGGGCCAGAAAAUGAACACAGCCACACUACAUGGGCUAAACAGCAACAGCAACAGCAACAGCUACCUGUACAGCCAUCCCAUGAAGUUGCUAUUGACAUUAACACUAACCCGUAUCACCAACCUCAGCCAAAGUCGGAUCAAUAUAGUAGCAGAGUUGCCCUCGAUGCAAAACUAAUUCAAGCUCAAUCGCAAUUUGGCGCUACAGCAGUUGCAAUGACAGCUCGCAGAAAUGCAGGCACUGUUCAAUAUGGAUUGACAUAAAUAUUGCUAACAAGUUGGCUUAUGUUCUUUCCUUUGUAUUAUUAAUUAGGCAUUGUGCUGGGGUUGUCUAUCCUGGAAGGUUGAGCUUCUAUGUCCUCCCUUACCUUGGAUUGUUAAUUGUGCUGAAAUUAUGUAGUUUGUAUACAUCAUUUGAGUUGUACUUUAUCCAGUAGAUAGAUCAUUUAUAGUUCAUAUUUCCUGCUUAUACACUUAGAAUAAGUAAAUAAAUAAAGUAAUCAGAUUUUAAUUAGUUUUA